AUGGAUAUCGGUAAUCAAAAAAUAUAUAAGAUUCGUAAAAAUCCUUACAACGAACUUACUAAUAAUGAAUUUCGUAAAAAGUAUCGAUUUUUAAAAGCAUUCUGCUUACAAAUCGUAAACGAAAUUCGUGACUUUUUACCUCGAGCAGUUAAAAAUCGUGGAAAACCAAUUUCGCCGGGCUUACAAUUGUUGAUUUCACUUCGUUAUUUGGAUAGAGGACAAGUUCAGGACGACAAUGGAGACUUACAUGGAGUUAGUCAACCGACAGUCAGUCGAUGUUUGAGUCAAGUUUGUAGAGCACUAGCAUCAUUAAAAAAUAAUUAUAUUAAGUUUCCAUUGACCAAUGAAGAGUUAGCUACUAAGAAGGUAAUUUGUGAUGCAAAUUGUCAUAUAUUGCAUUUAAUUGCUCGUUGGAGAGGAAGUGCACACGAUUCAAGUAUUUGGAACGAAAGUCUUAUCAAGGAACAAUUUGAAAAUGGAUCAAUAAAUGGUAUCUUACUUGGCGAUAGUGGUUAUGCUUGUACUCCAUAA